ACGCUUACACACGGGAUAACAUAACGGUAUAGCUUGAGUGGCGGUGUAAAAUUUCAAUUGUUCAGAGUUUGAAUUAAGAAAACAAAAACCAUUCGAUCAGUGGUGGUGUUCCACAGCAAACACACAUCAAAUAAAAGCAGGCAGUAAAUCGAAGCCUGAAUAAAAAAAAAGUACAAAAUGCGUGGACUCGUCGAGGAUACGAAAAGGACAAAAUUGUCGCAAAACAACAACAACAAUGUGUCCACCAGUGGGACCAGUCGCCUCAAGACAUCCUCGACUGCAGCCGUGUCGAGUUCUAGCAGCACAUCCGCCAAGCCCUUGAGGAGUGUCGUUAAAACGCCAACUGCAACGUCAUCGGUGGGAUUGGGAGGAGGUGGAGGAGCAGCCAAGAAAACGCCAUCGAGUGUGCAGCAAAAACAACAAGAAGUUGGCAAGUCCGCCAAGUCGUCAUCGGGGGGAGCAACUGCCGCAACGAGGGCGGCAACACAGGCCACACACCCCAUUGCAAAAACACAAAAGGGUCAGAAUCCACCCCAACAAAUGCCCCAGCCACAGUCGUCCUCGUCGAAAGCGCCACAGAAAGAGGCACCACCACAGCUGCAGCAGCAGCAACAACCGCAGGCACAGGCACAGCCACAACCAACACAACUUCAGGCGAGCAACAACAGCGGCAGCACCACAAUCGCUUUGCCGAAGGCCUCGCAUGCCAACCACACCAACGAGGAGCUGGCCAACGGCGUGCAGGACACCAUUUACCUGUGCAACUUUCGGGUAUCCGUGGACGGCGAGUGGCUGUGCCUCAAGGAGCUGCAGGACAUCGAUGUGGCCGGCGGCCAGCAGUCAGGUGCAGGCGUCGGCGUCAACGACCCACACACUGGAAACUCUAGCUCCGGCUACGGUGCCGCUGGGACACAUGCCAGUGGCAGUGGCGGUGGCUCCCAGUUUGGAAAGCGGAACAGCAACCGCUUCUCCGGAUUGUCAGCGGCCGGAAGUGCCGCCGGGGCUCUCGAGGAUAACGGUAUUAUGGCACUUGAAAAUCUAAUCGGUCGUCGUCUGUGCGACAUGGUCGGCGGCUCCAAUGCACUCAAUGCCUCCCAGUCGCACUCCCAGACGCAGUCGCAGCACAAGAAUGUGGGCCUCUUCGCAGAGUGGUCGCAUCUCUCACGCGACACCGCUGAGAUCGAGCGGAGUAAUUUGGUGAACAUUUGCAAGCUGGUGGUCAAGGAGCUGCUGGAGCAGUCGCUGCGUUACGGGCGAAUGCUGGACUCGGACCAUCUGCCGCUGCAGCAUUUCUUCAUCGUAAUCGAGCACGUGCUGGGCCACGGACUGCGACCCAAGAAGGGGCUGCUUGGACCACGAAAGGAGCUGUGGGAUCUGCUGCAGAGCGUCGAGCACUACUGCCCCGAGGCGCAGGAUAUAACGGCCAGUGUGCGGGAUUUGCCCACCGUUCGGACGCACAUCGGACGAGCGCGGGCCUGGCUAAGGAUUGCCCUUAUGCAGAAGAAGCUGUCGGACUACCUUCAGGCGCUGAUUGAGCACCGCGAGGACUCGCUCUACGACUACUACGAGCCGCAUGCCCUAAUGAUGAGCGACGAGAUCGUUGUGAUAAUGGGAAUUCUGGUGGGACUGAAUGUGAUCGACUGCAAUCUGUGCGUGAAGGAGGAGGAUCUGGACUCGCAGCAGGGCGUUAUCGAUUUCUCGCUCUAUCUACGCUCCAGUUCGCGCAGUCCCGAUGCCGCCGACGACAGUGCCCCACCGCCUGCGCUGCUGGAUGCCACCGGGCAGGGCAACAUGAUAGCCGUUCUCGACCAGAAGAACUACAUCGAGGAGCUGAAUCGUCAUCUAAAUGCCACCGUUGGCAAUUUGCAGGCCAAGGUGGAAUCGCUGACCACCACCAAUGCCCUGAUGAAGGAGGAUCUGGCCAUUGCACGCAACAGUUUGUUGGCCCUUCAGGCUGAGAACCAGGCCAUGCGGCAGUCCAGCCAAACACAGCAACAGCAACAACAGCAGAAGGACUCGGACAACACCUCUGGCAGUGGGUCCGAUAAGGAAAAGAGCGAAGCUGUGAGCUCAGAUCUGUCCGAGGAGCGGCGCAAGAAUGGAGAGUUGGAAAAGGAGCUGAAGCUGCAGGUGUCGCUCAAGGCAGAGUCGGACAUGGCCAUGAAGCUGCUGGAGAAGGACAUACACGAGAAGCAGGACACGAUAGUCUCGCUGCGACGCCAGCUGGAUGACAUUAAGCAGAUCAACCUGGAGAUGUAUCGCAAGCUACAGGAAUGUGAAGAUGAACUCACACAGAAGGGCGAGAUGGUCUCGCGCUUGCAAACGAAAGCCUCACAAAUUGGUAACAUUUUACAAUCGCUAGAAAAGAAGUACGAGUCGAAGCUGAACGAUCAGCACGGAGGCGGAGGAGCGUUCGGUGGAGCAUUCGGAGGCGGUGGCAGCGGCGUUGAGCGUUCGCCCACCACCAGACGUCAGCAGAAUCUGGAGAAGUUCGAGGCCCUCACCAAGAAGCACAAACAUGACGCCGGUCCGCCCAUGAAGCGGAUGCACCUCAAGAUGGAUGCCUUUCCGCCGUUCGACCCUAACAAGUAUCGCAAGUCCCCAUCGAGUGCGGCUGCUGUGGCUGCUGCCGCAACAGAACCUCUGCACCAGGAGCCGCAGGAAGCCGAAAGGAAGCAGCCAAAGACGCCCACAUCCGCCAAGUCGCUCAACGAUGAGCUGGCCGAGGCAGCAGCAGACAUAACCCAACACUUUGGCGGCGAUGGAUCACGCAGCGACUACGCAUUGUCUGGGAUUAUAGAAGCCACAGCCGCGGGCGACUCCUAGGCACGUAAUAAUUGUAGUUAAAGAAGAACAGAAACCCAUUAUACUGCAAUGAUGUUGCCUCCUUAAUCCUGUACUCUCCCAUAUAAAUAUAAUAUUUAUGUAUCCAAGGCCUUGGCAUGCACUCAAAGUUCAUGUCCAUGUACGGGUCGUUAUUAAGCAGAAUUAAAAGCUUACCCUCCCCCAUGUUAGUGUAUAGGAUGCCUAGACACAGAGGAAUACCUAGGAGUAUCUAUGUAUGUGUAGACUUUGUUAAAGGUUUGACUAAUAAUAUGCAACCUGAUAGCUUAAUUCCCUGAGUCCCAAAAGGAAGCCCUUAAAAGUGGUCAUUAAUGAUGUAUGAAGAGCAGAAAAACGUAUGAAUGUAUAUAUGUAAAAGAGGCUACAGAUUCACAUACAGAUGAUAACUGUGUGGCUAGACAUACACUCGGAGAAAAAGAGCAUAAU